AUGAAAGCAUGUAUUCUUGUUAACGAAAUAUCUACCCUCCAUCGUCAUGCUGAGGCAAAGUUCUCUGGCAAAUAUCGAAAAUGGGCCAAAGAACAUUCAUUCGAGUCAAUCCUUCCUGGCAACAUCAAGGCCUGCAAGGACAAUGCGGCACAGCAAAACAUUAAUGUGCAUCUGACGGAACGGAAGCUUGCUGAACGAGUCGUUUCAUAUUUGGACAAGUUGUUCAAACAGGCUGCAAUCGAGUGGCUCGUGGCCACAGACCAGCCAAUUCAAGCACUUGAGCAUCCAAAGUUCAAAGACAUGAUCGAUGUCACCGCUCGCACAACCAACAGCAUCAAAAUUCCAGGCAGGAAGGCAACUCAUGCGGAGAUAAUGAGAACAUUUAAAACUCAUCUUAUGGGGCUCAGGAGCAAACUCAAUGUAAGUAAAGUUGAUCAUAUUGUGCACUAUCUACUCAACUAA